CGUGGUCGACGUGGAGCUCCGGGUGGAGCGUAUCCAUAUGUGGGUACUCGUGGAGGCUAUGUUCAACAGGGAUCCAACUACCAAAAUCGCAAGUUACGAAAUAUGUCAGAACGUGAACGAAUGAUGCAAAAUCAAAAUCGUCGCUGGCAACAAUGGGGUCCUGGUGGACAAGGACGUCGUGGGGGUCAGACAGGAUGGCGCCAGCCCGGCGCAUGGGGUUCCACAAAUGAACGUCGUCAACCACAUCACACAGUUCGUGACGCUUCCGUUCAAAUCAAGGACGAUUGGGUAAUGCAAGAAGAAAUGGACUUUGCCAGACUGUCUAAGCUGUUAUUACCUAGUGUGAAAGAACCUGUCGAUCUGUGA